AUGACUUUCAAUUGUUUUAACUUAGAACCCAUUUCACGUUUAUGCUGUAAACGUUCAAGCUCUUCCUCCUCCUCUAGUAACACAUACAGCGGACGUCCUCACUUAUAUUGUAUGCGUUUUGCCACUUUAAAAACUACACUACCGGAGAAGGAAGUCAGUGCCACCAGCAAUUUUUGCACAGCAGACUGUUGCAGUAGUGGCGGUGGUGGCGGCAGUACGGCAGCUACAAACAUUAACGCCAACAAUUCAAAUAUGACAACAGCAACCAUGUCAUUGCCAUCAACAUCAUCGGCUGUAUCAGCAUCAACAUCGACAGCAACCGCAACCAUGUAUCGUUACCAAAUGCAACAGCAAUAUCACAAUCAUCCACAUAAUCAUGCCCGUUGUUAUUGUAUGGUGCAGCAAGUGGUGCCACAAUUUAAUAGCAAAACGGAUGUUAAGAAAUCUUUUAAUAGCAAAAGAAGUUUAAAGGUCACAGAAUCAGUGUUAAGAAGAAAUAAUAUUGCCAAGAAUUUGGAAAGUAAAAAACGUGUUGUUAAAAUGCUGUCCGUUUUGGUUUUGGAAUUCUUUAUAUGCUGGACACCACUCUAUGUUAUAAACACCGCGGCCAUGUACAUUGGCUCAGCCAUUUACGAGUACAUUGACUACAAGUCCAUAAGUGCACUACAGUUGUUGGCGUAUUCAUCAUCCUGCUGUAAUCCUAUCACAUAUUGUUUUAUGAAUGCAAAUUUCCGUCGUGCAUUCUGGGAUACAUUCAAGGGCAUGCAAUGGUGUGGCAAACGAUUUCAACGGAAACGUUCCACCGCACAAAGUGGUGCAAAUUUAUGUUUAGCCGGCAGCAUACGUGUCAAUAGUUGCACGGUACAGACAGUAAUUGAUAGUCCACGUUUGUAAAAUAUGAAAAUAUUCCAGAGGGAAUAACUUUUCCAUGGCAUUUUGUAAAUUUAGUUUAUUGUGAAUUUGGAAACCUCAUAUAAUGAAGGUGUUCUAUUAAAAUUACUGUGAAGAAUUGUGAACCAAACCAUAAAAGUUGUAUACAUUGUGAAAUGUUAAGUGAACUAACUCACAACGAAUUGUAGUAGAUUUUUUAGUUUAUAUAAAUAUUCAUUUUUGUAGCUUUUAUAUAAACAUUUUGUAAUGACUACUAUAUGUAUUACCCAAAGAUUAAUUGUCAGUUUUAUAAAUUUAUGAAACUCUUAUUUGCUUAAGAAUUACAUUCAUUCAUACGUAUUUUUAUCAGACAAAGUACUCGUCAUAUUACAGUUUAUAUUUACAAAAUAAAAGUUUCUCCGAAGUGAUUGUAAAAUUAAAUUAUAUAAAAUAUUAUUCAAUUUAUAAACCGUUAUGGUAUGUUUAUCUAAACAAUUUAUCUUAUAUGUACAUAUGUUAUAUUUUUUAUACCCACCAUCACAACAUUCAUUUUAUCAUUCAAUUUGUAACACAUCGAAGUAUCGGAGUAUCAUACACAGAGGGAAAAAGAAAUAUACUAAUAUACUAUAUUGACAACAAAAAUUUUAUAAUUUUACAAUAACAUUCGUUGUUAAAGUAUAUACAUACGUACUAUAACUCUAUGUAAUGUUGACAACGAAACGUUGUCAACAUUGCAACAAUUCGUUGUCGAAAUCUAAAUUUUAUUCACAUCCGUUGUUAAAUGUUAACAAACGUGGUAAGGUCACUAUGUAGCAAUGUUGUCAACAUUAUAUAGUGUUGUCGUACGUAUGAUAUACUUUGACAACGGAUGUUAUUGAAAAAAUAAUAAAUAGUUUGGUGUCAAUUUGGUACCAGGCGUGUAUAUUUCCUUUUCCCUCUAUGCAGAUCUACAAAAGUUUAUAUAUUCUAGAUCUAGAUGAUAACACAGUUCUGCAUAAAUAAAAUUAAAUUAUAAAUCCUGAUAUUAUAUAAAAAAAAAUAUGAAUUCAUAAAGUCCUAUGUACGAAAUUCAUCUUCUUUGAUGAUGGGUAUAUAAGAUUCGGCUUAGCCGAAUACAACACUCUUACUUGUUACUUUUUGUAUUGUUGUUAUCAAUGGACUAUAAAUGUAGCAAAUACUAGAUAAGUAUUGCCAAUACUUGAGUUGAGUUCAAAUAUCAAACCAAACGAAAUUUGCAUAUUUUUUAUGCAAAUAUAAUUUUAAGAAUUACUGUAAGGAGAACCAGAGCAACAACAAAAUUGAUUUCCUUAUAAAUAUAAAAUAUUUUAAAAUAGUUUUUCCUUUCAAUUUUAAAUUUUUAAUAAAUGU